AUGGAAAUGGAAGCCGGCCAGGCCGCCGUCCAAAUGGAGCUAGCAGGGUUCAACGAGAACGACCAACGUGAUUUCGCAUCCAUGGCUAGGCUGCUAAUGUUCAUCGUGCUGGGCUACCUCUUGGUGGUGCACCUCGCCGGCUACACGUUCAUUCUAAUCUACCUCGGCGUGGUCGGCGGCGCGAGAGCAGUGCUGGUUGGCAAGAGGAUCAGCCUGAGCACCUUCUCCGUCUUCACGGUCGUCUCGACGUUCGCGAACUGUGGGUUCGUGCCAACGAACGAGGGGAUGGUGUCCUUCAAGUCCUUCCCGGGCAUGCUCCUCCUCGUCAUGCCGCACAUCCUCCUCGGGAACACGCUCUUCCCCGUCUUCCUCAGGCUCUCCAUUACAGCGCUCGAGAGGGUCACCAGGAGGCGAGACCUCCGCGAGCUGCUGAAGGACGGAGGACCCGGCGGCGGCGGACCAGCUGCCGCCGCUAUAGGCUACGACCACCUGCUGCCCGGAGCCCGCACAUGGUUCCUGGCUCUCACCGUGGCGGUGUUCCUGGCGGUGCAGCUGCUGCUCUACUGCGCCAUGGAGUGGGGCUCCGAUGGGCUUCGUGGGCUCACCGCGUUCCAGAAGCUCGUUGCGGCGCUCUUCAUGUCCGUCAACUCCAGGCACUCCGGCGAGAUGGUCGUCGACCUCGCCACCGUGUCGUCCACCAUCGUCGUGCUCUAUGUGCUCAUGAUGUAA